GGCGGCAGCAGCUACGAGCUAGGAGCAGCAGCGACUGGCGAGGUCGCCUCGUGCUGCCUGGGGGAGGAGGAGGAGGAGGAGGUGCGAUUCCAGAGGGGCAAAAGGCGCGGGGAGCAAAAAGGGGGCGGCGGCGAGGUCCGGGGUAAAAGGAGGUGGAGGUGGAGGGCGUCCAGCGCAAUCCAGCCCAGCAGCUAAAGCGCCCCCGCCUGAUUGAUUGGAACAAGUGUGCGCUGCAAGCGACCGACGACCGCCACCGACACUCCCCCUCGCCGCCGAUCGGAGCGGCGCGCCGCCAGAUCCAGUCGCCGCCGGAAUUGGGGCGCCCCCGCCACCCCGCCGGAUCCGCUGCAUUCCGCGCAGGGCCUGCCUGAGCCGCCCCUCUCCCCUCCCAUACAUUGUGUGAGAUGGACCGGCGUAGUUGGCCGUGGAAGAAGAAAUCAUCGGACAAAUCCUCAAAUGCAGAUGUCUUGCAGAACUCUAAUCAAGCAGAACAGGAGGAUAAAGUUCCGAAAUUUGUGCAGAUUUCACCAGAAACAUAUGCACAUCUUACUGAUUCUGAAGAACAAGUGAAGGUCUUGGAUGAAAAGGUGAAAACCUUGAAUGAGAAACUGUCUGCAUCACAAUCUGAGAUCACUACCAAAGAUGCCCUAGUGAAACAACAUGCUAAAGUUGCUGAAGAAGCUGUAUCAGGCUGGGAGAAAGCUGAAGCAGAGGCCUCGGCGCUGAAGGUUCAGCUAGAGACUGUUACAUUGUCUAAGCUAGCAGCUGAGGAAAGAGCUGCCCAUCUGGAUGGUGCUCUAAAGGAAUGCAUGAAGCAAGUAAGAACUGUGAAGGAAGAAGGCGAGCAGAAGCUACAUGAUGUAGUUUUUGCGAAAACCAAACAGUGGGAGAAGAUAAAGGCCGAGUUGGAAGAAAAGUUGCUUGAAUUUGACCAUGAGCUCAUAAGGGCUGGUGCUGAGAAUGAUGCACUCUCAAGAUCACUCCAAGAGCGGGCAGAUUUGUUGAUGAAAAUUGAUGAGGAAAAGGCUCAAGCAGAAGCUGAAAUUGAAGUCUUGAAAAGCACAAUUCAGUCAGGUGAAAGGGAAAUAAAUUCGCUGAAGUAUGAAGUACAUGUUGUCACCAAAGAGCUUGAAAUCCGCAAUGAAGAAAAGAACAUGAGUGUGCGCUCAGCUGAUGUAGCAACUAAACAGCACCUGGAGGAUGUUAAGAAAAUCACGAAGCUGGAAGCUGAAUGCCAGAGAUUGCGUGGUCUUGUUCGGAAAAAGUUACCAGGCCCUGCUGCAUUAGCUCAGAUGAAAAUGGAAGUGGAGAGCCUGGGAAUGGGCAGAGAUUAUGGAGACAACAGAUUGCGACGAUCCCCUGCAAAGAAUAAUAGCUUCCAUCGUCCUAUGUCCCCUAUGUCUCCAGGUCCUGAUUAUGCUUUUGAUAACCUGCAACACAUGCAGAAGGAGAAUGAGUUUCUGACUGCACGUUUGUUAACAAUGGAAGAAGAAACCAAGAUGCUGAAAGAGGCAUUGACAAAACGGAACAGUGAGCUACAAACUUCAAGAACCAUGUACGCUAAGAUAGCAGGCAAGCUUCGCACCUUGGAAGUUCAAAUGGUGACUGGUAACCAACGUAAGAGUCCAUCAAACCCAAACAUGGAUAUCCACUUUGAUGGUGCACAUAGUCAAAAUGGAAGCAAUCCACCUAGUAUGACUUCAAUGUCCGAAGAUGGUGUUGAUGAUGAAGGCAGUUGUACUGAGUCUUGGGCCAAUGCUCUGGUAUCUGAGCUCUCACACAUCAAGAAAGAUAAAGUAGCUAAGAGCAGUGUGACUGAUGGCUCCAAUCGGUUGGAACUGAUGGAUGACUUCCUAGAGAUGGAGAGACUAGCUUGUUUGCCUUCUGAAGCCAAUGGCCAUGACAACACUGUUGAGAAAAUAAAGGUCGUUGAUGCUGAGGCUGCUGUAUCUGGUCUUACUGAGAGUGAUGGUGUUAAAGAUUUGCAAUCAGUACCAUUGCCUGGAACUCCAUCUAGUAAACAGCAGCUGUCCGAGGGAUCUCCACUCUUGAAACUGCAGUCCAGAUUAUCUUCCUUGCUGGACUCUGAAUCACCACAGAACAAUGCUGGGAAGGUACUAAACAGUAUCAGAAAUAUUCUUAAGGAUAUUGAGGAAGAGGCAGAUUUAAUGAAUGCAAGCAAGAUGGUUGAAGUUUCUGAAAGUGAAUCAUUAAUGAACCAAGGCAAGAGGUUGAGCAUUGGGAGUAAGCAUUCCAUGGAUCAAGAAGUUAUAAAUGCAGUCUUGAAGAUUCAAGACUUCGUCAAGUCACUUGAUCAAGAAAUGUCCAAGCAGCAAAGACAGUCUUCUGAUUGUGAUGGGCUUUGUGAGAAAAUUCAGCAGUUCUCUGCGCUAGUUGAGAAAGUUCUAUCAAAUGAAAAUGUCAUAAAUGACAUCAUUUUGACCCUAUCUCACAUCUUGUCAGAAACUAGUGAGAUCAAGUUCACAAUGUUGAGAGACAGCACCAAUGAAGCAGACAGUAAUAACUUGGAUUAUGUUGACAAAGUGACACUACUUGAAAAUAAAGUGCAGCCCCAUUCAUCUUCUGGCCCUUGCCCACUUAUUCCUCAUCCAUCUUCUCAUCCUGAGAUUGUGGGGCCUAAUGAUGCUGGAUUCGAUGUUAAGACUGCAGUGCAGAUGUGCUCACUGGAGGACUACGAGCAACUUAAAUCUGAGAAGAUUAAUCUGGAAACAGAAUUAGUGAGAUGCAGUGAAACGAUAGAAGAUACAAAGUGUAGAUUUAGUGAGAUGGAGAAAAACCUGGAAGAGCUUACAUCCAAGUUGUCUGCCAGUGAGAAUUCAAACAGCUUGGCUGAGACACAGUUGAAGUGUAUGGUUGAAUCCUACAAGAUUCUUGAAUCAAGGAAAGUUGAAUUAGAAAAGGAAAUAGAAGUGUUGCAGUCCAAAAUAGAGAUUUUAACAGCUGAACUCGGUGAUGAAAGACAAAGUCAUCAGGAUGACUUAGCCAGAUACAAAGAUCUCGAAGAGAAGAUGGAAAGGUAUGAAAACGAGCAGAGUUCAAUGCCUGUGGACGAGGUUGAUGAUACCAAAACCAAACAGGAUGUAGAAAUAGCGGCUGCAGCAGAAAAGCUUGCAGAGUGCCAGGAGACCAUGAUGAUUCUUGGUCGUCAACUGCAAGCCAUGCGUCCUCCAGCAGAGUCAAUGGGUGCCUCGCCAACCCGGCAACGAAUGGAGGACUUCUUGCAAGACGCGGCAGGAACAACCGAAGGAGGCGAGUAUGCCCAGAAACCAUCUGGCCAUCAUGAUACAGACCAGGAAAUGCUGGAGUCAGGGAAUGUGUCUCCCCUCAACGGAUACAAGACCCAUAUGACCCCUUCUGAUGUGGACGGAAGCCCUUCCCUUUCAAUGAACAGUUCCAAGCGCCCAAAGCAUAGGUCGCGAUCCUCAUCCUCUUCCUCGUUUGCUAACCAGUUGCCCGAGAAACAAAGCCGGGGCUUUAGUCGGUUCUUCGCCAAGGGCAAAGAGUGAACAUUAGCUGGAUUGCAAGAUUCUGUGAUGUUGGCUUGUUGAUUCUUUACGGCGAAUGGAUCGAUGACGGAUGAACGCGGAUCAUGGGUUUCUAUAGGGCUACUCGGCGAACCUGCUUGUGUAUUAUUUUGAGGUGAUGCCUCCAGUGGUUCAGUUGCUGGAGUAAUACUUGCCUUGCAGUCGAGCGGUUAUGACCAGGUUGUGUGUGUGUGAGAGAGAGAGAGUGUGUGUGUGUGUUAGCUGUCUUUAUCUUCUGCUAGAGUUUUUUCUGGGUUGCUGUUUGUCUGAAACCUCACUAAAACCUCACUGUACAUGUGCUUACCUGCAUGAAGAAGAGAGCUGCUGUCUGUUUGUGUUUCA